ACUCAUUUGGUAGGAAAAGGACGGGCUCUUGACUCUUCACCCAUCUUCACCCAGGCUGGCCCCAUUAGUGAAACUACAAUUCCCAGCGGUCUGUGCGCGAGAGGGCCGGCGGGUUUUUCUGCCGGAAGUCCGCUCUGCCUCUGGGCCCCACAACUGCACCCUGAGCCGGAGCUGCCCAGUCGCCGCGGGACCGGGGCCGCUGGGGUCCGGACGGGGGUCGCCAUGAUCCGCUUUAUCCUCAUCCAGAACCGGGCAGGCAAGACGCGGCUGGCCAAGUGGUACAUGCAGUUUGACGAUGAUGAGAAACAGAAGCUGAUCGAGGAGGUGCACGCCGUGGUCACCGUGCGCGACGCCAAGCACACCAACUUUGUGGAGUUCCGGAACUUCAAGAUCAUUUACCGCCGCUAUGCUGGUCUCUACUUCUGCAUCUGUGUGGACGUCAACGACAACAACCUAGCUUACCUGGAGGCCAUUCACAACUUCGUGGAGGUCUUAAACGAGUAUUUCCACAACGUCUGUGAACUGGACCUGGUGUUCAACUUCUACAAGGUUUACACGGUUGUGGAUGAGAUGUUCCUGGCCGGUGAAAUACGUGAGACCAGCCAGACGAAGGUGCUGAAACAGCUGCUGAUGCUGCAGUCUCUGGAGUGAGGCGGGCAAGCCCCACCUCAACCCGGUCCGGCUCCGGCCCCGGCCCCUCCUGGACUCGCCUGCUCGCUUCCCCUUUCCAGGCCCGUGGCCAACCCAACAGCCCCUCCCUCAGCUGCCCAUGAGGAAGGGACCCCGCUGCAUCUGGGCCACAAGGGAGGAGACUGCACCCCACUGCCUCUGGGCCCUGGCUGCGGGCAGCGGCCACCAUGUGUGUCCUGAGUGACCGUGCUGUUGUCCUGUGAUGCCGUGAGCGUGUGUGCGUGGAGCCCCCAAUAAACCUGUGGUCCUGCCUGGC